AUGUGGGCCUACAGGACUGAUCCAGUGGUCGAAAACCAGCCAACAAGCCAGCCAACAAUAGAUGCGGCUGUAGACACCAGAUUGAACUCAGGAGAAGAUGCAGUGAUUGAGCAAAACGCAAUACAGCAUGAUCCAGACAGUGUGUGCCCGGAACAUUUUGGCACUUUUGACACUAAUAUGACAUUGUACUCUGGCUUCGAUGAUGGUGCCCAUACCUCGCAAAGGCCCCUUGUUCCAUCCCAGACCAACAAUGAUACCUCGACUCCAAACAUUUCAUCAGCUUGUCCAAGCGGGUUCGCAGAUGGAGUAGCAUCAUGCCAAUCUAUGGAUGACUCCUGCCACGAUGUUCUUACCAGACAAGCAAUAGCUCUUGUAUUGACUGCAAGACAGAAACAUCGUCUUUCACAGAGUGGUGUGAAUGAUGUCGUUGCAGCAUUACAACAGUAUCAGGCAUCGUUGGUCAAUAAUCUGAGAAGUCAGGUACAAAAGGUUUUCCAGCAGCAUCAUGGAAGUGGACUUGAAAAAGAUGUUUUGUCAGUGUUCGACCAGAUUGAGGAUCCAUUUGCCUCUGUUUCAACAACAUAUAGACAGGAUGAUGUGAUAAAGAGAACUUUCAAUUUUGUGGAAUCCGAGGAGGUUUGUGUUGGGUAUACUGCUGUCAUGGUAAAAAAAGGGAAAAAAAGAUUCCUCACUACUGUGCCCAAAUAUUUUCAUUAUGUUCCGCUUGUCAGAAGUUUGGAGCAGUUAUUCUCCCAUCCAAGAGUUUUGGCAUUGAUAGAUGAGCAGAAAAAUUACAGAACUGAUUAUUUAUAUGAUAUCAUAGAUGGAGAACUCAUGAAGUCUCACCGUUUAUUUUCUGCACACCCUUCUGCCUUACAGAUUAUCCUUUACUCAGAUGAAAUUGAAAUUUGUAACCCACUUGGGUCUCAUGCCUCCAAAAAUAAGUUGGUAAUGUUCUAUUAUACUUUGGGAAACAUUAAUCCUAAAUAUCGAUCAAAACUAGCUGCCAUUCGUCUACUUGCCAUUGCAAAAAAGAGUGCACUUUCUGAAUGUGGUGUAGAUGGAAUCUUGCAAAGGCUGCAUGAGGACUUAGUGAAGCUAUAUAAUGGAGUUAAAAUUCAAACUGGAAAUGGUGAACGUGAAAUAUUUGGAGCAUUAGUUUCAUUAUGUGGAGACACUUUGGCGCAACAUGAGCUUUGCGGGUUUAAAGAGGGUGUUGGGUUUGCUCAUAGUAAAUGCAGGCAGUGUGAAUGUUCAUUUGAGGACAUGCAAAUUUAUUUUGAUGAGGAUAACUUUGAGGAACGGACAUUUGAACGACAUAUCCGGCAAUGUAGCGAAAUUGAGAAGGCCAACACAGAGUAUCUAAGAAGUAGCUUAAAAACAACAUAUGGAAUAAACAGAAGAAGCAAACUUAUUAAUUUCCCAGCAUUCAACUUGAUCCAACAAACACCCCAAGACAUGAUGCAUGUAAUUUUUGAAGGGAUUGCUCCAUUAGAAAUAAAGUGUGUGUUGAAACACUUACUUCUUAUGGGAGAGCUAGACUUAGAUCUCUUCAAUGCUGCAAUGACUGGUUUCCCAUACUCUCCAGUUGAUAUUAGAGAUAAACCAAGUGUCAUUACCUACAGUACAUUAGCUUCCAGUGACAAUAAGCUGAAGCAGUCCUCGGGGCAAAUGAUUGUGCUUUUGAAAAUUUUGCCAUUUCUGAUUGAUGCAGCCAAAGGUACUGAACACUACGCAUUCAUUCUUGAACUCAUUGAGAUAGUUCAGAUUUUACUUGCUCCUGUCAUCAGUCUGCAGACAAUUAACAAGUUGAAAAUCCUCAUUGAACAGCACUUGAAGCACAUGAAAGCCCUUUUCCCAGAUAACAACAUCACACCAAAACAACAUUAUUUGAUUCAUACACCAAGCCAAAUUAAACGUUUGGGACCAGUGGUCCGUCAUAUGUGCUUGAGAUUUGAAUCAAAACAUUGCUUUUUCAAACAAUGGGCAUCAAAAAUAAAUUUUAAAAAUGUUUGCAAAUCUUUAAUAAAGCAUAAUCAAAUGUAUGAAUGUUGUCAGAACGUGGAUGGUUUUGAUCACCCCAUUUUUUCCAAUGAAUGCACAUUAGGACCAACCUCAGAAGUAAGCAACAUGUCAUACUUAAAAGAAAAAAUGAGGGACUUCCUUGGAAAUGAUGAAGUGAACCAUGCAGUGACUGUUAAAUGGCUUAAUCUAAAUGGUAACAAAUACAUAAGGGAUAGGUCAUUAAUUGUUUGUGCUGUUGGUUCUAGUGAUUUACCUAUAUUUGGGCUUGUGAAAAAUAUCUAUGUGAUCAAUUCAUCAUUGUAUUGUUUUGAAUUCCAGCAGCACAAUACCAUUUGUUAUGACAGAGAUUACAUGUCAUAUAAGAUAGAGAUUCCAAACAUGGCACAAGCAACGGAACUGAUAUCUGCUGAUAAUCUUAUAGAUUUCACUCCAUAUUACAGUUUCACACACAAAGGUAUGACAUAUGCAGUCAUGAAAUAUUACAUGUGUGAUGUAAUUGGACUACACAGUUCAACAGAUGCUUUAUAAAAGUUACACUGCUUUACAUGCAUGAACUGUAUUAUCAGGUUAUUGCUUUGGACAGUUUUGUUGAGUUUUCUAUCAAAUCUGACAGUUGAAUGUGAUUGUAGCAUUGCCAUAUUGAAGAUAUGUGUACUGAUACUUGUCUGAUGCUGAUCUAUUAAUCUGUUUGACCUGGCCUAAAGUGAAUGAGGUAUGUUUCUGUUUUUCAAAUGGGCCUGUAUUUCAUGUUUAUCAUGUGCUUUUAGUUCCAGCUUUUGUGCAUGUUGUGUCAAACUUGACAGCAGUUUUAUUGCACUUUAGUGUCAAUAAAUACAUUUCUUAAACUGAGCAGCUGUUUAAGUGGCCUUACUCUUGAAAUGAGAAAAAUAAUCUUGUUUUUAUUCUGGAAUUUCAACCGAACCAUUUUCAUACCUUGUAACUGGUAA